UCUGUUGCCGGCGCUUUAACCGCAAAGUCAGCGCAGAAGCGUGAAGUUGGCCCCUGGCAAAACUAAUAUCCCAUUUUUUAAGCUGCUUGCUGUUCUGAUGCGCCGCGUGUUAUCUCACAUUUAAGUGCACAAAAUUCAAAUCGAAAACGAAGAAACAUAUAAAGGAUAACGAACUGAACGAAACGUUUCGUUUCGACUAAAAACUUUUGUGUGUGUGUGUGUUUUCUAAAAUUGUGCCGUGUGCAGUGUCGUGCCACAAUAAAGAAUAAUUUAGCAAAUUCCAAAAAUCAACAGUUGGCAAAAUGUCGGUCAGACUGAACGAGACACAAACCAUUGUUGAUCGCAUGGUCAACUUUUUUGUGGAGCACGAGGAUCUGCGCACAAAGAGCUGGUUCCUCUCGAAUGCACCCGGACCACUGUUCAUGAUAUUGGGCGCCUAUUUGUACUUCUGCCUCUAUGCCGGACCACGUUAUAUGCGCGAUCGCAAACCUUUCGAGCUGAAGAACACGCUGCUUGUCUACAAUGCCGUCCAGGUGCUGCUCAGUUGGGUGCUCUUCUACGAGGGCUACAAGGGAGGCUGGGGUGGACACUACAACUUUAAGUGCCAACCGGUGACUUAUGCCACGGAUCCCAUCUCCAUGAGGAUGGCGAGAGCGGUUUGGUUGUAUUACAUUGCCAAGAUCACCGAGCUGCUGGACACCGUGUUCUUUGUGCUGCGCAAAAAGGAUCGUCAGAUUUCGUUCUUGCAUCUGUACCAUCACACUCUGAUGCCGGUGUGCGCUUUCAUUGGCGUCAAGUACUUUGCUGGUGGACACGGCACUCUUUUGGGUUUCAUUAAUUCCUUUAUCCACAUCAUUAUGUAUGCUUACUAUCUGCUGUCGGCAAUGGGACCCAAAGUGCAGAAAUACUUGUGGUGGAAGAAGUACAUUACAAUUCUCCAGAUUGUGCAAUUCCUUAUCAUCUUUGUGCACACGCUGCAGAUUCAGUUCCAGCCCAACUGCAACUUCCCCAAAUCGAUUGCGGCGCUGUUGACCUUCAAUGCUGGUCUGUUCACCUACAUGUUCAGCUCCUUCUACGUGGCCAACUACAAGAAGGAGGCCAAGCAGGCAGCUCAGGCCAAGCAAGCGGCACAGGCAGCCAAGCUGGCAGCCAAACAGGAGUAAAACGGUUCAAGCCGAUAUUAGAUUGCCUUAAGAUCGGUUAACAUUGCGAAAGCAAAGUUAAAAACAGUCGUUAGUUAGGCUUAUCACCUGUAUACACGUCUACACACACACACACACUCAAACACUCAAACACAAACACAAACACAUACACAUAUACAAAAACCCUUUUAGAUAUGCAUAGAUAAAGUUGGGUACAUGUACAUUUGGAUAUUACAUUUUCUAGUUUGUAAGUUCGUUUCGUAGUAUUUUGUAGUCAAGCAUGAGAAAGUGGCUCUUUGGACAGUCGCCAUUGCGCAGUGAUCUUUUAUUGGCACUUGCUGUAUUGGGAAAGUAUAAUAGAACCAAAUAUAUUAGGUUAAUAGUUUAGAUACAUCUACGUACUAUGUAGUUUUUAUUUUAUUGAUUCGAUCGCAAUAAAACUCUAAGACAUACAACAAAAUAUGGAAUAUAAUUAAAAUUGUAAUUUUGUAACAAAUUGUUUUGUGAGGAGGAACGAGAAGAAAAAUGUUAAAUGUACAAU